CCCUUCUGCUCUGCAAGGAUAUAAAAAAUAGUUGUUGCCGAAGCUAGCUUCCUUACUUGUUUUUUGACCAUUAGAAAGACAUUUUAUAGAAAAUCGAUAUAAAGGUCCGAUCCGGCGGUUCCGACAAUCUAUGCUACUUAAGUUUUAACUGCAAGUUUUUACAAGCCGAAGCUAGCUGCCUUUAUUGUUUUUCAUUUAAAUUGUUUUAGAAAAUUUAUGAAGUACGUAAGCUUUAUAAUAACUCUUUUUUUUAAUUUAAAACUCAUUCAUUUUUUAUGAUGCAUGAGUUGGCAUAAAUACAUCUGGUUUAGUUCCAUUGAAAAAAUGUUGUUUAGGGUUGUUUAAAUUGGUACUUGGUAAAAUUCGGUAUACUUCAGAAUAAUUACUUCGUCUAAUGUAAUAUUAUAAAGAUAAAAUCGCUUAGAUUCCGUAAUAGGUGGUAUUAGACCAAAUGGAAAUGGAAAUGAGUUUUCCACAAAGUAGCCCUGGGGGGCACAGCUUCUACUGGUAAAAUUUCCGUCGCACACACACCCGAGGCAAACACACGGCAAUGGAGUUGCUAGACGACCUAUGCCUGUGGAGGAUAUUGGAGCUUUUAGAUCUGCCCGACCAGAUUGCUAUGCUGCAGAGCUACGAGCGCUGUCGUCCCAUUCUGGCCAGCAUCUGGGGACAUGGGCUGACAAGGAUUUCGCUGAACCUCCUUCAGGAGCCGCUGCAUGGAGGCGAUUUCGAGUUCCUCUUGACGAGCACUUGCCAGCAGCUGCUUGAGCUAAGGAUCAGCUACCUGGACAGGGAUCACUUCGAGGCGCUGGUCGGGCACAGGUUUCCCAAUCUGCGCCUGCUGCACCUGGACGUCCUGCCUCCGUUUUUUCUCAGCCCGCGACAAGGACUUCAAUUAAGGGAAAUUUUACCAAAAUCGCUUUUCCGGAACUGUGCGCUCCCAAAAGGCUACAUCGCCACUAACGUCGCUUCUUCUCUUAUUACAGUCAAUUUUGACCACUUCCAAAUACUUCGCGCCAUAGGCAAGGGCAGUUUUGGAAAGGUUUGCAUUGUUCAAAAGCGAGACAGCGGCAUCCUGUACGCAAUGAAGUACGUGAGUCGCUCUGCCUGCGAGCUGCGCGGAGCUCUUGGCGGGGUCAUUAAGGAGGUGGAAUUGCUGUCCUCAUUGGAGCAUCCGUUCCUCGUCAACCUGUGGUUUUCCUUCCAGGACGAGGAGGAUUUAUUUAUGGUCUGCGACCUGUUGACUGGCGGCGACCUAAGAUAUCAUUUACAGAACCGAGUGGAGUUCUCCGAGCAGAGUGUGGCCUUAUUAGUGUGCGAGCUGGGCAGUGCACUGGAGUACUUGCAAACGCAACGAGUGGUCCACAGGGACAUCAAGCCCGACAACAUUCUAUUGGACGAUGCCGGACAUGCCCAUUUGACUGAUUUUAAUAUUGCAACGAGGUUGCAGAAGGAUGCCUUGGCCUGCAGCAUGUCAGGGACGAAGCCUUACAUGGCGCCCGAGGUGUUUCUUUGUGCCCUGGACGAAGUGGCCGGUUAUAGCUAUCCGGUGGACUGGUGGUCUCUCGGCGUCGUGGCCUACGAGAUGCGGGGAAACAUCCGACCCUUCGUGGUGCACUCAAAUACGCCCUUAGCUGAAAUUAAAAAUAUACUAAACACGCCCGUGCAUUAUCCACGCUACUGGAGCAACAACUUCGUCGAUCUGCUGCAGAAGUUACUGUCGCCGUACCCAGGCGCCAGGAUUAGCACAAAGCAGGAACUGCACCAGACCCCUCUGCUGCGCAACAUAGACUUCCAGAAGGUGCUCGAAAAGAAAACAACGCCGAUCUAUAAGCCCCCUGAAGACCAUCUCAACUGCGAUCCCUGCCUGGAGCUAGAGGAAAUGAUUGUGGAGACGCGGCCCCUCCACAAAAAGAAGAAGCGCCUGGCCAAACAGCGGUCCGCGCAGCGCGACAGCGAUCCCGAGACAGCGCUGGUCAAAGAAUUCAUCGUAUACAACCGAUACAAAGAGCUGAGGCGCAAGGCCAUGGAGCAAAAGGAGAACGACUGGCAGCGCGAGCUGGAACUGGCCAUGGCCAACUCCAUUGUUAACAGCCUGGCGCCCAUACAAGAGAAACCCGCCGCUUCCAUCGUGCAGGCAGCAGACUGCGCGACAUCUUCUGCUGCCCAGUCGAAAACCGACAGCAUAGAGUUCAUAGAUCGAACUCCUUCGCCACAGUUCCGAGAAUCAGCAGGCAUGUCGGAUUUGGCAGCGAGCCCCAUUCGGAAGUAAUACCCGAGGCGGGUUCGAUUCCGAACAGCGUUGCCAGUUUAGCUUGUUUAUAAGCUAGAUUUUUAACAAAAUAAGCUAGAAUAAGCUAAAAUUUUCCAGUUCCAAAGUGUAUAACCGCAGAUUUAACAUAACAUCAAAAUAGCAUUUAAAACUGGAAAAUUUUAGCUUAUUCUAGCUUAUUUUAUUAAAAAUCUAGCUUAUAAACAAGCUAAACUGGCAACGCUGGUUCCGAAACCCCAGAGCAGCACCCUAGCAACACGAUUUAGCAACAGGUUUCAAAGCGCACAAAAUUCCAGGCCCACUAACCCAACGAUGUCUUGUUAGCCAUCCAUCAACAAAGCCAGAACCUAUUUUUCGAACUCCGCUGAAUUUCACUAUUUGUACUUGUAUAUAAACUUAGUAUAACUUUUAUAUAUUAGGGUAUUUCAAUUUGAUAGGUUUAAACUCCUUUGUACAUAUUGGUAGUUGCUCCCAUGAUGAAAUAAACGGGAAAAUGACUAA